UUAUGACUUUUUAUCAUAAUUAUUAUAAUCUUUUAGAGAGAGAGAGAGAGAGCCUUCAGCAUAUCAUGGCUGACUGAUUGUUUUUUUUUCUUCUUUUGGCGGCUUCAGUUUCUCUCACUUUAUCCAUUUUUUAUCUUUUUUGUUUUGUUCUGAAGAAAGUGGGGUUUCAGGUUGCAGGCUUCAAGGGUGAAGCUAGUGAAAGAAUUGUGAAGAUCAAGACUUCAAUUUUUUGGGGGUUUUAUUAUUAUUGAGGUCUGAAAAAGGGUAUGCUGGAAUCUUGAUUUCACUAGUGAUUGAAUUGUGUGAAAAAGUUGGAGUCUUUUUGGGGUUUUAGCUAGUUACUCUAUGCAGUUUAUAUGAUUCAACUUUUGGAUAUUUCAUAUAAUUCUAUUUAAAGGGGUUUUGAAGGGUGGUUGUUGUGAAGAACAAGUCUUUGAAAAAAAUGGGGUUUAUCAUUAUUGAGGUUUGAAAAGGGUAUUGUUGAAUUGUGUGAAAAAGUUGGAGUCUUUUUGGGGUUCUAGCUAGUUUCUCUAUGCAACUUUAUAUGAUUCCAGUUUUGGGUAUUCUGGAAUCUUGAUUUCACUUGCAAUUGAAUUGUGUGAAAAAAGUUGUGGUCUUUUUGGGGUUCUAGCUAGUUCCUCUAUGCAGUUUAUAUGAUUCCAGUUAUGGGUAUUUCAUAUAGUUCUUUUUAAAGCUCUAAUACUUGAGAGCUUUGGAUUGGAAUUCUUAAUGGUUGUUGUUCCACUGAAUUCUGUUUGAUGAUUUGCCUGAAUGAAAAGAUUGUUUAAGCAUUUGUUCGAUCUUUCUCUUGGAAAGAUGGGUUUUUGCUAAGCCUGGUAUUGUGGGGCAGUAGCGUGAGGAAGGUUUUUGAUUGGUUUGAUUGUUUGUUGAUUAUGGGUUGUGUUUGUGGUAAACUUUCUCGAACGGUCAAAGAUCGUCGGGAUGGCCAAAAGAAGAGAGAGUUGGAUAAAGGGGCAUCAGCUGUGAGUUCAAACAGAGAAAAGAGUUUUAGGGUGAUAGAGAAAUCAGAGAAUGGUGAUAUAAGGGUUGGUUCAUUGGACAGGAAGUCUAAUGGAUCAAAAAGGGUCGGGGACGAUCACUGUGAGAAAGUUAAGGGAAAGCUUGAAGUUGUCCCAAAAGCAAUGGAAGGGGAGUUGAUUGCUGCAGGAUGGCCUUCUUCUCUUGCUGCAGUAGCUGGUGAAGCUAUUAGUGGUUGGAUUCCACGCAAGGCUGAUACUUUUGAGAAAUUAGACAAGAUAGGCCAAGGGACUUAUAGUAGUGUAUACAAGGCUCGUGACCUGGUUAAUGAUAAAGUUGUUGCUCUUAAAAGAGUGAGGUUCGAAAAGAUGGAUCCUGAAAGUAUCAAAUUUAUGGCAAGGGAGAUUGUUAUUCUGCGGAGGCUUGAUCAUCCAAAUAUCAUCAAAUUGGAAGGCUUGAUUGUAUCAAGAACAUCUUGUAGUCUGUACCUUGUCCUUGAGUACAUGGAACAUGAUCUCACUGGACUGGGAGCUCUUCCCGGUAUUAAAUUUACAGAGCCGCAGGUUAAAUGUUACAUGCGGCAGCUUUUAAGUGGACUUGAUCAUUGCCACAAUCGGGGUGUUCUGCAUCGGGACAUCAAGGGUUCUAAUCUUCUCAUUGACAAUAAUGGCACUUUAAAGAUUGCAGAUUUUGGGUUGGCAAAUUUUUUCGAUAACCAGCAAAUUGUUCCAUUAACAAGUCGUGUUGUGACUCUUUGGUAUCGACCACCGGAGCUCUUACUUGGAGCAAGUCAUUAUGGAACUGCAGUAGACUUGUGGAGUAGUGGCUGCAUUCUCGGAGAAUUAUAUGUUGCCAGGCCCAUAAUGCCCGGUAGGACAGAGGUGGAGCAACUACAUAAGAUCUUUAAGCUUUGUGGUUCGCCAACUGAGGAUUAUUGGAAGAAAACAAAACUAUCUUAUUCAGCAGUAUUUAAACCUAUACAGCCUUACAAACGGUGUAUUGGCGAAAGAUUUAAGGAGCUUCCUCCAUCUGCCGUGGGGUUACUGGAGACAUUACUUUCUAUAGAUCCUGCACUUAGAGGAACAGCAGUUGGGGCUCUUGAGAGUGAGUUCUUCACUACAAAGCCAUUCGCUUGUGAUCCUUUGAGUUUGCCAACAUACCCUCCCAGCAAGGAAAUUGAUGCAAAACUGCGGGAAGAGGAAGCUAGAAGGCGAGGGACUGCAAAUGGAUCAAAAGAACGUCAAGCAGCUCCAGUACGUGAUGCUAAUGCCAAGUUGGCUAGCUCAAUGCAGAGGAGACAGAGCAGUUCCAAUCCUAAGAGCCAAAGUGACCGGUUCAAUCCCUCGAAGGAAGCUGCUGCUCGUUUUCCAAAUGAUCGACCUAAAGCAUCACAAGCAGUGAAUGAAACUGCGAAAGAUCACAUGGAGAAUCUUUCAGAUAGAUUUUCAGCCAAAGGUCACCUCGACGAUCUUUCAGAGACAUUUUCUCAUUCAGUCCCUCUAGCUCUAGGGGUAUUCGGGAAGAAAUAUGAUGAUAUUUCCAUUGAUCCCAAUAGAGCUGACUUGUCAGACUUAGUAGCAUCCAGGUCCGUUGUGUCUGGAGGCAAUCGAGAUAGAUGUGUUCAGCUUGAAUCAGGUCAUCAAGGAGAAAGGAAAGCACGGCUGCUAGAAGAACAUUCGAGGAAGCAGGAUCAGAAGUAUCUCACACAGAACUAUGCUGGUUCUCAUCAAUUUGAAAGUGGAAAGAUUCAUACGAAGGAGGCAUAUCUGCAUGACCAUGGUGACAAGGGAAACAAAAUCCAUUAUUCUGGUUCACUACUAGUUGCAUCAAGUAAAUUGGAUCAAAUGCUUAAAGACCGCGAUCGUCACAUCCAGGAAGCUGCUCGACGAGCGAGGCUCGAGAAGGCACGAGCAGGUCAAGCUCAGGCUCAAGGAGUGUGAAAAACAUGUACAUAUUUAUAUAUAUAUACAUGUAUCUCUAGUUUAGGAACAAAGUAGAUAAGCAUAUAUAGAGGAGAGAUUUUUCUUGUAAAGCAUAAGUAACUCUAUAUAUAUUAUAUUCUGAGAAAUUGUUGUAUGUUAAUUCUUAUAUAGAAUUAAUUCAGAGGAAAUCAAGUUAAAAUAUGAAAAUUGUAAAUUGGCAGCCAUAAAUGCAGGACAUGUCAUUCCUUUUUGUGUUA